AUGGACGCAUUGAGACUUCUUACUACCAAUGUUAAAUUUAGGCAUAAACCAGUGGAGGAAGAAGCAGAAAAGAAGGAAGAAUUGAAAAAUGAGCUGUUUUCUGGUGGAAAAGUGAAAAUCACGGGUUCUAACCCUAUAGAUCCUGUGACCGAGUUUCCUGACUGUAUAUUUAAGGACAAUUUGGAGAAACAAUAUGUCCAGGAUUGUUCUGCUAUCCAAAGAUACUCAAUCCCAAUUUUAUCUUCAAAGCGAGAUUUGUUAGCUUGCGCUCCUACGGGAUCAGGAAAAACAAUUGCUUACUUAUUUCCUAUUCUCUACUCGCUUCAGUCCCAUGUUGAAGGCGGUUACAGGGCACUAAUUAUUGCUCCCACGAAGGAUUUAUGUGAACAAAUUUAUAAGCAAGCAAAAAGACUUACGGUGAAUUCAUCUGUACAUGUAACCGAAUUGAAUAAGUCAAAUGAAAAGAUUCAGGAGAAGUCUCCUCAGCUACGCGAAAGAUAUGAUGUAUGUAUAACUACACCCAUGAGACUUAUUCAUGCCUUACGGAGUGGUUUGAAGCUGGACAAAGUGGAAUUUGUAGUAAUGGACGAGGCAGAUCGUCUUUUUGAAGAAGGAUUUGUCGAACAAACAGAUGAAAUUUUAAGCGCUUGUACAAAUCCAAAUGUAUGUAAAAGUCUUUUCUCAGCCACAUUACCUUCUACUGUUGAAGAAUUGGCUCAAACAGUAGCCCGUGACCCUCUACGUGUCAUCAUUGGUACGAAGGAUACUUCUAGGAGCAUUGACCAAAAGCUUCUCUUUGUUGGUUCCGAUUCUUCUAAAGUCGUUAUUUUCCGCCAAAUGAUAGCGAACGGUGAAAUUAAGCCACGUAUCGUAGUUUUUGUUCAAGAUAUAGAACGCGCGAAAGCCCUUUACACUGAAUUAAUGUUUGAUGAGAUCCACGUUGGCGUUAUACACGGUGAACUUCCCGAGGUUAAACGAGAAGAAGUCCUUAAUAAAUUCCGCAAAGGAGAUGUAUGGGUUUUGAUAGCCACCGAUCUAUUAGCAAGAGGUAUCGAUUUUCAUGGCGUAAAAAUGGUUAUCAACUUUGAUUUCCCGCAAAGUGUACAUAGUUAUAUUCACCGCAUCGGUCGUACCGGUCGAGCUGGUCAUGCAGGAAAAGCCAUCACUUUUUUCACUAAGGAGGACAGUGAAUAUGUAAAGCUUGUUGCUGGCGUUAUGAAAGCUUCUGGCUGUGAGGUUCCUAGUUGGAUAUUAUCGCUUCCUAAGCCAUCGAAGGGAACGAAAAAGAAGCUGAAGAAAUCUCCUCCUAAGAGAAAGAAGAUCACCACUCGAGCUUCCUAUGAUAGACAUAAAGAAUUGCGAAAGAAGGAACAUAUAAAAAAGCUUAAACGAGAUGCUUCUUUGGCAAAACAGAAAGGAAAAGAAGGAUCAACAGAAAAUGAUAAUACUAAAUUGAACUAUCUUUAA